AUGUUCUGCUAAUUAAAAAAAAAAAAGGGUUUAUGGGACGUUUUAACUCAAUCAAAAGAUAUUGAUGAAUAGAUAUCAAGCUUUAUAAUUGACAUUUUUAGAAAAGAGAAAAUCUAAGACUGCCUAGAAUAUCUUUCAAAUAAUGAGAAUCAAGACCAUUUCUAAAAACAUAUUUUACAAGUAGAGAGCUUAUCACACAUAGAUAAGGAAUAGAAGUUAAAAACUUUAAAAAAUAACAUUAAGAAAAUAAUUUAUAUUAUCAAAGAACUAAAAGGUCAUGACUUUAAUAAAAAUGAUUUUUCAGCUGCAGGAAGUAUGAUAAUUAGAGGAGAUCUAAUUAAAAAAAUGAUUAACGAAAAGAAGGUCAUUGAGUUUCUAAAAUUUUUAGUUCAUCUCACCGCUGUAGAUGAAAAAUUCAUCUAAUGUGGAUCAAACUCACUAAAUAUAUUAGUUGAAAUGAAAGCUGAUUUGAGAAACCAAUCUUUUGAAAAUAUUAGGAUUAAAAAUACUUAAUUAAUUGGAGCUAAUUUCGUAAGAUGUAAUCUAAAUGGAUCAGAAUUUAACAACGUUGAUAUAAGUGGGAUAAAUUUAAAUGGAGCUUAAUUAUUAAACUGUAAAUGGAACAAUUUAAAGAUAAAUGAGUUACAUAAAUUAGAAGGCCAUUUGGGUAGUGUCAACUCAUUAUGCUUCACUCCUGAUGGCACUACAUUGGCAUCUGGUGGUGGAAGUCCUUAUAGUGGCAGAGAUGACUCAAUUUAUUUAUGGGAAGUUAAUACAGGAAGAUAAUUAUUCAAAUUAGAGGGUCAUAGAGAUUAUAUUUAAUCGUUAUCCUUUUCUCCUGAUGGUAUUACAUUAGCAUCUGGAAGCAGUGAUAAAUCUAUCUGUUUGUGGAAUGUGAAGUCUGGAUUAUUAGUAUCUAAAUUACAUGGCCAUGCUAAUGUCAAAACAGUCUUCUUCUCUCCUGAUGGUACUACAUUAGCAUCUGGUAGUUAAGAUACAUCUAUCUGUUUAUGGGAUGUCAAGACAGGAUAAUAAAAAACCCGAUUAAAUGGUCAUACUAGUUGUGUACAUUCACUAUGCUUUUCUCCUGAUGGUAACACAUUGGCCUCUGGAAGUGGUGAUAAGUCUAUCCGUUUUUGGGAUGUUAAGACAAAAAAAAAAAAAAUGAAACUUGAUGGCCAUAGGAGCUGUGUAAAUUCUUUGUGCUUUUCUCCUGAUGGAAUUACAUUAGCAUCUGGUAGUGGAAGCUUUUCUAAUAGUAAAGAUUAAUCUAUCCGUUUAUGGAGUGUGAAAACAGGUUAACAAAAGUUUAUAUUAAAUGGCCAUAAUAAGGAAGUUCUAUCAGUAUGUUUUUCACUUGACAGUACUAAAUUAGCCUCUGGGAGUGCUGAUGAAUCUAUUUGUUUAUGGGAUGUUAAGUCUGGAUAAUAAAUAUCUAAAUUAAAUGGUCAUAAUGAUUAUGUCUAUUCAUUAUGCUUUUCUCCUGAUGGAACAAAAUUAGCAUCUGGUAGUGGAGAUAAGUCUAUCCGUUUCUGGGAUUUUAAGGCAGGAUAACAAAAUAUUUAUUUAGAAGGACAUAGUAAUUCUGUCCAAUCAGUAUGCUUUUCUCCUGAUGGUUCUACAUUAGCAACAGGUGGUUAUGAUCAUUCUAUUCUUUUAUGGGAUGUUAACUCUGGAGUAUAAAAACUUAAAUUAAACGGACACAGUGGAAUUGUCUACUCGUUAUGCUUCUCAUUUAAUGGUAAUAUUUUAGCAUCUUGUAGUAGUGAUUGUUCUAUUCGUUUAUGGGAGGUUAAAAAAGGGCAAUAAAAGGUUUAAUUAAAUGGCCAUAGUAGUUGGGUUUAUUCACUCAACUUUUCUCCUGAUGGUAAAAAAUUAGCAUCUGGGAGUAGUGAUAAAUCGAUCCGUUUUUGGGAUGUUAAGACAGGACAAUAAAUAUGUAAAUUGCAAGGUCAUACUAAUAAUGUCAACACAGUCUGCUUCUCUCCUGAUAGUUCUACAUUAGCAUCUGGUAGUAGCGAUAAGACUAUCCGUUUAUGGGAUGUUAAGACAGGAUAAUAAAAAGCCAAAUUAGAUGGCCAUUCAAAUUCAGUUUAUUCUGUCUGUUUCUCUCGUGAUGGAACAACAUUAGCAUCUGGAGGCGCUGAUAAAACUAUCGGAUUGUGGGAUCUCAAGACUGGACAAUAAAUAUCUAAAUUAAAGGGACAUAGUGAUCAUAUUCGUUCAUUAUGCUUCUCACCUGAUGGUACUUAAUUAGCAUCUGGUAGUGAUGAUAAAUCUAUACGUUUAUGGGAUUUUCAAACAAGAUAAUAGUAGGCAAAGUUGGAGGGUCAUAAUGAUUGCGUACUAUCAGUAGACUUUUCUCCUGAUGGUACUUAAUUAGCUUCUGGAAGCCAAGAUAAAUCUGUACGAUUAUGGGAUGUUAAAAAGGAGCGACAAAUUUCACACUUAAAUUAAAUUUAAAAAGAUAUUGUUACUAAAUUUGAAGAACUAGUUUUUCCAAACAUUUUUUAUUAAGAAGGUGGUAUUAUUUUCAUUUUAUUUAGUCAGCUCAAUCAUUACAACUCUCCUUAUUAAUCAAUAUCCUGUGUUUUAAGCAUAUGGAGCUUUAAUCUUUAAAGGAGAAUUUAUAACUCAUUAAGGUAUUGAUUUAAAAUAGCUAUUUACAUAAUCUAGAUGUUAUGUUUUGCAACCCUAAUAAAAAACAAUUUUAAAUUGA